UUUUCACUGAUACUAUUGAAGUUACUUUGUACACAAGCUUCGAAUUUAAAUUCCAGAUAAAACCACAGAAUGGGUGAACGGAAAGGUCAAAACCUGUACUAUCCCCCCGACUACGACCCUAAAGUUGGGGGGUUGAACAAAUUCCUGGGCACCCAUGCCUUACGGGAGCGAGCUCGUAAACUCCACAUGGGGAUCUUGAUCAUCCGGUUUGAGAUGCCAUAUAACAUCUGGUGCGAUGGCUGCAACAACCAUAUAGGCAUGGGAGUGAGGUAUAAUGCUGAGAAGACGAAAAUUGGCAUGUAUUAUAGCACACCGGUGUACCAGUUCAGGAUGAAGUGCCAUCUGUGUGAUAAUCAUUUUGAAAUCAAAACAGAUCCAGGCAAUUUAGACUAUGUCAUAGUAUCAGGAGCUAGACGUCAAGAGAACAGAUGGGAUCCCACCGAGAAUGGUCAGAUUGUACCCGAGACGAAGGAGACCCAAAAACGCCUAUUCGAUGACCCAAUGUUCCGACUGGAGCACAAAACUGGUGACGAGCAUGAUGCUAAACAGGAUAAGCCCAGGCUCGGGAAACUAGUGGGAAGAAAUGAAACUGUAUGGAAAGAUGAUUAUGAGGCUAAUUGCUCUUUGAGAAGAAACUUUCGGAAAAAAAGGAAGGAAUUUGAAGAGGCAUCUGUCAAUGACAGCUUACUACUAGCUAAAUCAUCACUGGACAUCAACCUUCUACCAGAGACAGAAGAUGAUAGGAACAUGGCUACACUUUUAUCUCUUCGACCUUCACGGAGUAUAGAAGAAAAGCAGAGUUUCACCAGAAUACAGAUACUAAACAGUCCAGCUUUGCCGAGCUCAAGUGGACUGAUUACCACUUUUGGAGGCCUCAAAAAAGAAGAAUCAUUGAGUAAAAAUGCUCCAUUAACUAGAAAUUCUCUAGGAAUUACCAUUAAGAAGAGUAAAGUAGAAAAAGAAGAAAUUGGUAUAGAAAAGAAUUUAAAACUACAUGAAAAUGAUGAACAAUAUUCUGAAGGUACAGAGAAACAUAAUAAAUUGAAUAAUCCGGUAAGUCCUCCAUUAACAAGAAAUUCCUUGGAAAUCUCUUUUAAAGAGAGUAAAGUUGAAAAAGAAGAAAUAAGUACAGACAGUAAGGCAAACAAACAAGAAAAUGAUAAAAAAUAUUGUAAACAAAUAGAAAUUGAUAAUAAAGCAGACAAUACUACAAAUAAUAAGGUUGGAAACAAUGUUAACAAAAAAGAGGCAAUACAAAAUAUAACGAAUAGUUUAUCAUUAGUAGGUGAUUACAGUUCUAGUGGGGAAAACUCAGAUUAAGUGACAAUUACUGUUUAUAGCUUGAAGACAAGAGGACAGUCUUGAGAAGUUAAUGAAAAAGCCUAAGAGG